CCUCAGCUCGGAGGGCCAAUCUGGGCGGAUCCUAUCCAUGAUAUAGAGUUUGUCCAGAAGGUGCUGUCGGCCGUGUCCACAAACCCGUCUCGUUUUGGGACGUCGAAACGCAUCGAGGGCAUGCUCAGCAUGAUGACAGAGGAGCUCCCUGAUGUCCCUCUGUACUACGCGCUGGACCAUCUGUGCAGCACAGUGCACUGUAACACUCCAGCCAUGCUCCAGUUCAGGUCCGCCCUGCUCCACGCAGGCUACAGGGUGUCCAUGUCUCACGCCAGCAGGAACGGCCUGAAGACCGACGCCCCACCCGGCGUGAUCUGGGACCUCCUGCGCUGCUGGGAGAAGGCCAACCCAGUGAAACGGGAGAGGCUGUCCGAGACGAGCCCGGCGUUCCGCAUUCUCUCCACGGAGCCGACUCUGCAGGCUUGCUUUGACGUGCGGGAAGACGCCAAUCCCCAGUCUCGUAAGCGGCACCUGGUGCGCUUCCAGGAGAACCCUCAGGCCAACUGGGGCCCAAAGGCCCGGGCCAAAGACAGUGGUGGGAUAUCCAGUGAGCUCGAGGACAAGAGGAAGUUGUGCCAGAACAAGAGGAAGAACCAGGUCACAGACGCGUCCCAGCUCAAGAACUUCCCCUGCAAGAGGUUCAGGAAGGGCACAUGCACACAUGGAGACAAAUGCUGCUAUUCUCACGAGUCGGCAUCCGAUGAAGCUGAUAAGAUGGAGUGAGGGACACACAAUGGACCACACACACACACACACAAUGGACUACACACACACAAUGGACUACACACACACACACACACACACACACACACACACACACACACGCACCUCUGUAAGGCUGAUCUCAAAGCUAGCAUGGCUCUUCUCAUGGCUACGUUUCCCAGAAUCCUUGACACAGCAAGCGGCAAACAACCAAGUUGAUGUGCUAGCCUUGGCUGCCACUGAGGUAUUCAGCUUGUGUGUCUGCACACCACUGGCAGCACAGCAUUUCAAUUGGAUGUUUGUGUGGAGGACUACACAGUAAGGUGGAGUAAUCGUCAACUCGCAAGCACGUGGUGAAAUGGAGAUGAUACGGAGAGAAAAAGGUCUUUGUGUUGGAUGUAUCCGGAGUUAAACACACAUGUGUUUUUCAUAUGUACAGAUAGGGGAUUGUACUGUUUAAUUUAACUUUCCUGUUUUCAGUUUUCCCCUUUUUAAAUCGGCAAAUAAAAGAUCCCCUUCA